UGCCACCACUUCCUCCUGUUGUAUCCAUCUCCAGCUCUUCUUCCAGCAUCCACAGCGCCAGCGGUACGGGUACACCGACGCGACGACUUCCCUCGGAACGCACGCCCACCUUCAACGAGCACCAAGAGAACACCCACAGGAUAGAAUUCGAGGCUCCGUUGUCCAGCGACGCUGACGCGGAGCAGAAAUUGCAACAGCAGCAGGGACGCUUUUCGAUUGAUCUAAGCCUCGAGCUCGAGAGACAACUCGCGAUGGAAAGCCCACCCAUUACACCGGGCUACGACACUACGACGCAUCCCAAAGCACACAGUCGGACGACCAGCUACGCUAGCGUCAAGAGCGCUGUAGGCGGGUCGGAAAUGCUGCCUGACCCCGAUGUACUUGUUCACAUCGUCACACAAUUGCGACAGUCGUUGGCGGACAUGACAAAGGAAAGAGACGAGCUGAUCAAGAUGCUGGCGCACGCCAAUACACAAGAGGCGUACGCAAAGGAUGCGCUCCAGUUGAUGACAGAGAAGGCUACUGGGGCAGAGGAAGAACUUACAGCUGCCAGGAGGAAGAUGAAAGAGGACGAGGAACAGAUUGCGAUGCUUCGGUCUAAGGUAGAGGAGAGCAGGCGAGGUCUCAUGCGACUCCAGACCGAGAACAGACGACAAAGUGUUGCCCCCAUUGACGUCUCUCGGGCGUCAUCUUUCGCAGCCUUGGUCAGCCCGCCUUCGUCUAAACGGGCAUCAUUCGCACCUCUGACUGGAUCAGGUCAAGGGAGACCUGGCGGCCACAGACGUAUCUCCUCCGUAUCUGAUUCUGCCUUCGGUACUUUCUCUCCCCCAGAUCCUUCACCAAGCCCCAACGCCCGCGCCUUCAACAUCGCAUCCGCGGAAGCUGCCCUAUCUGGUGCGUCCAGCAGCUCCCGGAGAUACUCUGGGUUCUACGGGCGCCACUCUCCUGGAGAGUACGACAAUGUGCAAGUUUCCGCAGCUGCUGAGGCCGUCGCUGAAAUGGAAUCGCUACGAACGAAGCUGAAGACUGUGACAGAUGAACUCGACACGGUUAAGCACGAUCUAAGCGAGGUGAAUGAAGCUAGAGAGGCUUCCGAGACGUGUGUCAAGGCUCUACGGGAGUUCAUCGCAGAGAAUAAUAUCGGUGCUACGGCUGUCAAGCUGCCCCCACCUCCAACUAUGACGACUGGAGAUGAGAACAUGCCUGGCCCUCCAAAUACGAGUGUGGGUUCGGCAGAUCCCCGAAGAACGGCCAGCGGGUGGGGGUUCAAACUCUGGGGAAGUGCCGCCCCACUUGAUACGCCCUUACGGUCAAGCAUGGGUACAGCCCCAUUCUCCGCCUCAGCACCUUCCCCCCAGGUGGCUUCCCAACCAGCCACGUAUUCACCGCUUAAUGGGACAACGACAAUCGGUGCAGCACCCCUAUCGCGCAAGUUUGGUGGUCUGUUCAGCUCCCGCUCAAGCGUGUCGUCAACAAGCUCGCAGCAGCAACAGCAACCGCAACCAGUCAAGCUACCACACCUCCAGACAAACGCUGCUGCGCGCGACUCGGUGUACAGCUACUCAGACACCUCGAGUGUGGCUGAGCCUGUGAGCCCCGGUGGAGAUAUCGAUGGGCUAGGCACAGGAGGCUAUCAUGCACCUGUAGGUGGGGAAUAUAAGGUUCUUGAGGAGGGGAUCGUGGUUCGGGAUGUUACGAAUCUCUCGAGGGGCGACCGGACAGGGGAGGUGAAAGUGAGCGAGUCGAUGGAUUUGGAUUCUGGCUUAAGGUAAU